CGGUUUCUGGAGGCAGAGCCAAGUCCACCGACAGACGCGUGUGGAAGAUGAUCAAAAAUUAAGUCUGUUCCCGAAAAGAGAGGGCAUUUGAACGGAGGAAUGAGCGCAUCGGAGUUGUAGGAAAACAUUUCGGCUGGCAGACCGCAGACAUGCGCAUCCGCGGCGCGUAAUUUCCCUGUGAAUGGGCAGAUAACAAAAACAUUUCGCAAUCUAUUUUGCAUGCAGCUUAUUAAGGCGCAUGAGGUCGGGAAUAUUUGCCCCGCUCAGAUCUUCCCACGGCCUUACGGUGUCACGAUGUCUCCGCUGCUGGAUUAUUUGCAUGCUAUAGUUUUUCUAUAAAGGGGUGUGUGUGUGUGUGUGUGAGUGUGUGUGUGUAUGUGUGGAUUUGCUUGACUGACUUACAAGGCCGCCCAGCGGUGUGUGUAUGCGUGUGUGCGUGUGUGUUUUAUAUCCAUGUUUCUCUGCAAGAUGUUUUGAGCGCCGAGGGGCUGAGGCGGAACGGCUGGUGUCGUCGGGGAUUCUUCACUGCGCAGACAAGCGGCGACCGUCUGCGCUACCGCUCGUCUCGUUACCACAAACGCAGGGAGGGAGGCGAAAAUCUGGACAUACGGAAUAAAAUGACUAUGUCCGUCCCGGAGAGGAAUUCAGGAUCCGAGGGGAAGGAGGAGGAGAGCGAGGAUGAGAGCGAGAUCUUGGAGGAAAGCCCCUGUGGUCGCUGGCAAAAGCGAAAAGAGCAGGUGAGCCAGGGUAAUGUCCCCGGUGUGGAAAGUGCCUCCCUGGCCAUGGAUACGGAGGAGGGUGUGGAGGUAGUGUGGAACGAGGUCCUCUUCUCUGACAAGAAGGUCUUCAAAGCACAGGAGGAGAAGAUCAAGGAGAUGUUUGAGAACCUGAUGCAGGUCGAGCACCCCAACAUUGUCAAGUUCCACAAGUACUGGCUGGACAUGAGGGAGAGUCAGGCCCGGGUUAUAUUCAUCACAGAGUACAUGUCGUCAGGCAGCCUCAAACAGUUUCUGAAGAAAACCAAGAAGAACCACAAGACCAUGAAUGUGAAGGCUUGGAAGAGAUGGUGCACCCAGAUUCUUUCCGCCCUCAGCUAUCUACACUCAUGUGACCCGCCCAUAAUCCAUGGCAACUUGACCUGUGACACCAUCUUCAUCCAGCACAACGGCCUCAUCAAGAUCGGCUCAGUUUGGCACCGACUGUUUGUUAAUGUGUUUCCUGAAGCCAGUGUUCAUGGCAAAGGGCGGCCCCAUCGGGACGAGCAGAGGAACCUGCACUUCUUCCCUCCAGAAUAUGGCUCUGGCCAAGAUGAUUAUGCCAUUGACAUUUUCUCCUUUGGGAUUUGUGCUCUGGAGAUGGCAGUUUUGGAGAUCCAGGCUAAUGGGGAUACCGUUGUGUCUAAGGAAGCCAUAACCAAUGCAGGUCAAUCUCUGGAAGACCCUCUCAUGAGAGAGUUCACACAAGCGUGUGUGUGUCAUGAAGCCAAGCUCCGUCCCACAGCUCACGACCUCCUGUUCCACCGUGUGCUGUUCGAGGUCCACUCCCUCAAACUGCUGGCCGCCCACUGCCUCAUCAGCAACCAGUAUCUGCUUCCAGAAAACUGUGUCGAGGAGAAGACCAAGUCCUUUGACCCCAAUGCUGUUAUGGCAGAGAUCAAACACGAUGACAGACCAGGAGUUCAACUCAAAUACUCCCACGUGUCCCCUUUAGAGCUUGACAAGUUCCUGGAGGAUGUCAAGAAUGGGAUUUACCCCUUGAUGAACUUCGCCUCGUCCCGGCCGCACCCCGUCCCCCGCGCGCUCUCCUUGUCUCAAGAGCAGGUUGAGACAGUCAAGACUCCGACUCCUGAGCCCCAAGAAACAGAGACGAGGAAGGUUAUUCAGAUGCACUGUAACUUGGAGUCAAAUGAAGAAGGGACCAAAACUCAUCUGUCUCUGUUUCUGAAGAUGGAUGACAAGCUCCAUCGGCAGCUUAGCUGUGACAUCCUUCCAACUGACACCUCCAAAGAUCUUGCCAGUGAACUGGUUCACUAUGCCUUCAUAAACGAGGAGGACAGUGAGAAGGUGGCUGGGUUCCUGGAGGAUGCCAUCAGUCGCCACCGGGUCAGGGCGCUCGCCUCGGGGACCACGCAGUGAGGAGGGGUCGUGACAGUGGCUGGCCCGGACAGGAGGGCCUGGGGCGUUGACCACUCCAGCAGAGAGGAAGAGAGAGGGCAGCAGGCAGCUUUCACACAGCCAGGUUCAGAGGGGGCCGACCCAGCGGGGGAUAAGGGGACAAACACAGAAGGACGCUGGGCCUGGACAGUCAGUAAAUCAUCCUAGAUAGAAGGAGGAAAGGCCAAGGACUGAAAGAGGAACCGAACGCUCCUCUGGUUGGAGGACCAGAGGCAUCAUGGCUGUGUUCAGCAAUCCCACAGUGCAGUGGAAGAUUGACAAACUCCCUGCCUAAAAGGGCUAUCAUGCCUUAAGAUAUUUUGACGACUUAUCUUUUCCGUAAUUCCACUAGACAGAAUGGAUUUGUUUCGCUCAGAUUACAAAUACAUCUGCUACGUUUUCACAAGGACGUUUUAUUACUAUUGUUGAACCCCCCCACCCCACCCCACGUCUGUUGGAAUUGGCGAAUAUUAACUUUAAAGUUUAAACAGGGAUUCAGUAAUUUAACUACUAAAAAGCUCUAUUGUGCACUAGCCAGAACCUUUUAUUAAUUUUUUUUUAAAGACUCCGUCCAACAUGCGCUGUUAAUACUACACAUACUCAUUCAGUUGACUUAUUUAUUUCUGUUUUACUGUGAACCACAGGAGCAUUACACAGGCCUGUUUUUGUUUAGUUUGUACGACCUGCAGAGUAACACACCUCACUGCAUUCUUGGGUUAAAGGCUAUUUCUCCCAGUGCUAAACACGCUACGCCUAAAUGUCUCCAAGCAUUAGUAGUGAUGAGCAAUGAGAUGAUGCCUCUCUUUUAGCCUGUAGUGCUCUUAAGGGUUUUCCCUGUGAAAGUGUUCUGAAAGCCAAAGACUUGCAAAGUGCCUGCAAUAGCAGCCUACUUUGAACAAAAUAUCCAAAUGGAAUAGCUUCGUACAAAUGUGGCAAUUAAGAAUAUAACUCCUGCAGGCAGACUUUUACAGUACUAAUAACAGAUGCAUCAUUUCAGAUCGGGGUAGAUACAGCUCCCAUGUUUUAUCGUGAAUCCACAAACUCAGCCCAUGUGAAUGUGAAGAUGAUCUUUAUGCGUGGUGCCCGGUAACAACAGGACCAUUAAGAGCUGGAGCCACUGUACACUGGGAAUCAGAGUAAUGAAUGCUUUGCACUGCAGUCAGUAUUUACAAAUCGCAAACAGCUGCAGCUCAUAUAAAGCCUAAAGCCACAGUGAAUUUGGGAAGCACAGUGUACGCCCGUAGAAACGGGGGCAUUGUAUAAUGUGAAAAUCAAUUUACAAGGUGAUGGGAUCCAAUACAUAAUGGCAAAAAAUGAUCAUAUUGUUAACUAAUAUUACUGCUGCACUUAUUUUCCCCCUCUUUCCAAUACAUUCUGAAAUUUAUUUGAGGACUAAAGUUAUUUUGUAGAUGAAUCUAGAAGCAUUUAAAAGGGGAAAUUGACCCACAAUCUUUUUAAAGAUUUAUAUUUGUAGUCAGUUUGUCAUUUCUGUAAUCAGGACAUAUUACUAUUGUGCAUAAGCAUUGAAUAAUUUCCGUGGAGAUUGGGUUGUAAGACACACACACACACACACACACACACACACAUACAAAAGCCUCAAUUGUACUACAAUAUUUGUGUUGAACCUGUUGAGUCCCCGGCACCACAUCUACUCUACAAAAUGAACUUUGAAAAUAACCUAACAUAUUGGAAACCACACAGAUCCCUUCAUCUCUGGUCGAUUUUCUUGCCAAUAAAUCAUCUUUGCAGAGUAAAAGCCCAUUUACUAUUACAGUGGAUUGUUCCUUUAAAAAAAAUAAAAAUAAAAUGAAGGCAUCGGAGAGUAGAAGCAGUUGUGAAUUUGUCCGAUCAGUCUUCAGCGGUAUACUCUUCUUUAUCACAAUCUCUUGACUAUGCUACAUUUGUUUCUUAGGUCUGUAAAGUUGCGGUUUCAUAACAAUGACACUCCUGUACAGUCAUCGCUUAACUGCUUAAUAUACUCUGUGUCAAGCCUUCUAUCAGUGUGUCUCUUAAGAGAGGAGCCCUUAAUUCUCCCAGACAUUUACCGAUAGGCCGUCGUGUACAUAUUUGUUUGGUGGCUAUUAAAGGGGGUUUACUUUUGAAUACAGUUUGAAUGCAAAGCAGUGCCACUAUCGCUCUCGUUUGAUCUAGUAAGCUGCAUGUCUUAAAUAGCCUGAAACCAUUCAAGAAUUCGCAUUUUGCCUUUGUCAGUCCGAGUUCAGUUCCAGAAGGGACCCGACCAAGAAAAUGAAUGUUUAGACUGUGCAAAGACUAUAAACCAUCCAUAUCAGUCUUAUUUUUUGUGUCAAAUGACUUUUUUCUUUUUCUUUUUCUUUCUUUCUUUCUUUUUUUUUUUUCCCGUGAAUGUGUUGAAUGAAACUUUGGCUUUGGAUGUGUUCUACUUAAAAACCUCUGUUAAAUAUUGUAGCUACUGCAAUUAAAUACAUGACAAUAAAACGAUAUGUGACAAUA